AGGUAGGAGCUCGGGUGCAGAAGAGAAGAGCGGAGUUGACAGAAAUUCAUUCAGCAUGUUGCUGUGUGCUUGGUCGCUGCUCUUCAUCACUGUGGCAGGCGCCAGCGGCGACCAGCUCGAGGCAGUCACGGGCGAAGUGUUGGCGUCAGAAGGCAAACAGGUGACGCUGUCGUACGUUGACGCCACAGCGCCUACGUGAUGGUGAUUCUUUCUUCUGGUACCAACAACUUCCUGGACAAGCGCCACACUUCCUGCUUUCCCACUUGGGAAUCGGCAGCCCGUUCAGCGCCAAGCCGGGAAUGUCGGCGAGCGUGGGAAGUGACAGGAGACGAGUCCACCUGCACAUCGAGGAGGAAGCGAAGGCCGCGCCUCCUCAGCCACAAGUCAGCAUUCACGCAGACUGCCAGUGCAGACAUGAAUCGGGUGCUCGUGUGCGUGCUGACGGCUGCUUUGAGUCUCGGAAAUGGUCAGCAAACAGUGCACCAGCCGGCGGGCGAUGUCCACGCUGUGGAGGGCGCGAGGGUGACGCUGGACUGCAGCUUCGACAGCACACGGAGCGACGACUGGAUCUUAUGGUACAAACAGGAAGUGAACGCGGCACCCGAGUUUGUUCUGAGCAUCUCAAAGAUCGGUCAGGGCAAGACGGAGAAGAAGUACGCCGACAGGUUUCGCUCCAGCAUGGACGCCAGCACCACGCAAGCUCCUCUGCAUAUCGAGAGCGUGAAGCUGAGCGACUCGGCACUCUAUUACUGCGCCCUGCGGCCCACGCUGACACAUCCGCUGGCGUGCCUGCACAAAAACACCUGCACCCGCCUCGUGCCACGUCACAUCGGGGGUGUGGUCUCACGGGAGUCGACGAGUCACUGUGCAAAAGGAGGAUCUUGACACAUGGGCCAACAGGCCUAAAAAUGGACUUUGUAACUCGUUGAAGACGGAAAUUAAGUUUUGCAUCUGGAUUCUUCUUCUCGCCACCCCUUAACUUAUCUGUUCUCACGUCACGCUGUCAUAUGACUACGAGACCAGCAGUGGUUUCGUUUAUGUGCCGUCUCGCUUCCUCCUCACGACCGGAACAAGAGGAUACAAGCAAUACCAGAACAUUCCUGACGGGUGCUACAAAGCUCAAGCGUGAAAAAUGCCGGUCCCCAUGUGACGCUGCUCACCACCACUGUGCAUUUCAAUUACAGUGACAAAAACAGAAAUCCAAACUACCUCCAGUCUGCCCACUGAUAUAGACACAGCUGUCA